AUGGCGGGAUCCUUGGAGAUAAAAAUCCUGCUGUCGAGGCACAAGUCCUCGCUGCUGCAAGAAUUAAAUUCGACGGACCUGCUGAGUGUGCUAGUGAAACGCGGAGUUAUUACUGACGUUGACAAGGACGCGGUUGCCGGGAACCCGGAGCAGACCGUCAACGCGGACAUCGAUUUAUUUAUCGACAUCAUCGGCGCUAAGGGCUUUGAUGCCUUCAGGGAAUUUUGCUUCGCUCUUGAGGCAGAGUGUCCUCAUGUCUUGACUGACCUCCUGGUGGAUCAGCACAGCGUCACUGGUGAGUAUCAACCAAAUGAAAACAAGGAACCAAAAGAAGAAACAAAGAACGAGGAAAAAAAUAGCAGGGAAAAUUCAUUAGUUAUCGUUGAAGACGAAGAUACCAAAAAUCCGGAUAUUAUUUACAAUGAUGAAGAUAGUUCUAAAGAU